AUGUAAUCAAUACAACACCAGAUCUUAUCGACAUGGUAAAGAAAUAAUUGUAUCAUCAUAGGUAUUGUGCAAAUUACAAUUUUAGAGCCUUAUUUUAAUAUGAAAUAAAGGAAGAAGGUUACAUAAUGGGAUAAGAGAUAAAGAGAAAUGAAGACAUUUUGAAUUCAGUGAUUCAUACGAUUCGAUUUACUUAUAGAUAAGGAUUUUAAGCAUAUCAAUGUCAGGAUAGUAAUUUAACAAGUGAUUCUGGAUGGGGUUGUGUAAUUAGAGUAGGAUAAAUGAUGAUGGCAGAACUCUUAAAGAGACAUUUGAAACAUUUCUAUAAAGUGGAUCUAUUUUAAGUUCCUAAUCUAUUAGAAGAUGUAUUGUAAUAAUUUAAUGAUGAUGAUGAAAAGGAAAGUUAAAAAGGAAUAAUUAUUAAGGCUAAGCAUGGAUUCUCUAUUUAAAAGAUAAUGAGGAUAGCCUUUAAGGAAUGGGGUAAGAAACCUGGAGAAUGGUAUAGUCCAAAUCAAAUUGUUUAGGCGAUUUACAAAAUUCUAUCAGAAAAUAAUAUUCCAUGUAAUUUUUAUAAUUUAAGAGUAAAAGAUUGUUAUGGCAUUGGUUUUGUACCUUUCUAUGAAAGUUAAAUAGACCUUAGAGCUAUAGUAUAAGAAAUGUGUAUGAUAGAUAAUUGUACCUGUCUAAAGAGAGUGUUUUCAAUCGAAUAAUUUUUAAAAGAAUUAGAUAAACUAUAAAUCACUAAGGAAGAAGUAGUUCAAGUUAUACAUGGUAAAGAUUCAAUUAAAGAUGAAUGUUUAGAAGGUCAUUCUGAAAAAUACAAGAUAGAUAUUGCAAAUCUAUUUAAGAAAUACAUUUGUGAAAAAUGUUUUAUUCCUUCUAGAGCUGUUGCUAUCUGUUUAUUAAGUAGAAUUGGAUGUGAUGAACCUAAUCCUGAUUAUAUUAAAGCUAUACAAUAAUUUAUGAAGAAAAGCUAUUUUGCUGGAAUGUUAGGAGGUAAACCUAAAAAAGCUAAUUUCAUUGUCGGAUUUGUUGAUAAUUAAUUUGUUGUCUUAGAUCCACAUUUAGUCUAAGAAACUAAAAUGAAUCCAGAUGAAUAUGUUAAAUCAUGUUUCCCUUCAGAAGCUCUAUUUAUGAAUGAUACAGAUAUUGAUUGUUCACUUGGUUUACUCUUCUAUCUUUAGAAUUUCUAAGACUUGAUUGAAUUGAUCUAUGAUAUUUAAGUUCAUCAGCAAAUUAAUUUCUUCUCUUUUGUUCAACUUUAACAUUGGAGAUAUUCAGGAAUUAAAAAAGAAUAAUAACUUAUUAAAAUUAAAGAAUUCUAAGACUCCCUAAACAAAAAUUACAUUUAAUAAUAAUAAUCAUAAAUAUUGAAUUUGGAUAUUUCCACCUAUCCAGAUGAACUCUACUGUGAAAAUAAUUAAUAUACCCAUCAAAAGUCAACUAUUAAGGAUGUAAACUCUAGUUUUGAAGAACUCUGAC